AUGGAUUUGCUCCCAGCACUUCCAACUCGACAACAAAUAAGCCGGAAGAAAUCGUCGAUUUUACCAUCGCAAACUCCUGAACGUCGACAAAGUAGUCUUAAUACAAUUCGUCGUUCAAUCGGCAUUGUUGAACCAGAAGAAAAUUUAGUUAAUAACAUGAGACGAAAUUCAGUUGCUUGGCAAACAAUGUCACAAAGUUUAGAUCUUCAACUUGAACAAAAUCGACGUAGAUCAGAAUUAACUGCACGUCGUCAACAAUCAAUCGUUGCUUCUAAUCAACGAUCUGAUCAUAUAACAGUACCUGUUGAUGAUGAUAAAGGUAUUGAAGUAGUACCAUCAGUAACUGUCAAGGGCAAACCAUCAACUCAUCGUCCUAGUGCAGCAGAUUCAAUACUUGAUUUUGACGGAGAUACAUCAUUAUUAAAAACAGAUGUACAUAUUGUAUCAAUUGAAACUCUUGCAGAAAGAUUUGAAAGUAAUAUACAAAAUGGUUUAACAGAUGAUACAAUUCAACAACAUCGUGCUAAAUAUGGACAAAAUAAAUUAACACCACCACCAAAACCAAGUAUUAUAUGGAUGUUUUUCAAACAAAUUCUUAUCGGUUUCAAUUGGAUCCUUUGGGUUGCUACGAUAUUUGCUUUUCUUAGUUAUAAACCAUUUGGUGAUCCAAAUCCUGAUGUGACUAAUUUAGGUUUAGCAAUUGUUCUUAUUCUUGUUAUUAUUUCUAAUGGUGUAUUUAAUUUCUAUCAAGAAGUUAAAUCAAUGAAAAUUGUUGAUUCAUUCUCUCAUAUUCAAUCAACAAUAACAACAGUCAAACGAAAUGGUCUUGAAAUGCAAAUAAAUACGGAAGAACUUUUACCUGGUGAUAUGGUUCGUAUUAAUAUGGGGCAAAAAGUUCCAGCAGAUUGUCGAUUAAUUACAUGUGAUGGUCUUCAAGUCAAUUCAUCUGAAUUAACUGGAGAAUCUGAACCUGUUAAUUGUACAGUUAAAUGUACAAAUCUUAAUUUUAUGGAAUCAUCAAAUCUUAUAUUUUAUCCAUCACUUGUUGUGCAAGGUACUGCAAAUGCAAUUGUUGUUAAUAUUGGUGAUGCUACUGUUCUUGGACAGGUUGGAAAAUUAACACGAGGUACAGGUAGUUCAGAUGUAACUGGUCUUCAUCGAGAAAUUAAUCGUUUUGUCGUAUUUGUUGUUUGUGCUGCACUUACUUCAGUUAUUCUUAUUUGGAUCACAUGGGGUGCUUGGCUUAAUAAUAGUCAAAAAGGAUAUAUUACUUUAAAUGGUAAUAUAACAAAUUCAAUUGGAAUGGUUGUUGCUUUUAUUCCUGAAGGUUUACCAGCUGCAGUGACUCUUGUAUUAACUAUUGUUGCUAAAAGAAUGUAUAAACAAAAAGUACUUGUUAAAAGUUUAGCGACAGUUGAAACAUUUAAUAAUGUCUCUAUAAUUGCUACAGAUAAAACUGGUACAUUAACAAUGAAUCAAAUGACAAUAACAGCAAUUCUAUGGGGUAAUCAAGGUGAAUAUAUGGUU